UGUAACUGCAAAAAAUUCUUGCUAUAGCAGUAAAAAAUUCCACAAAUGUCAUUUCAGUUUUGGCAAUGAAAGUGAAUGGACGUCAUCAAAAAGAAAAAAUGAGUGUUACUAAUUAAAAAUUAAUAGUGAUUUGAAAACAAAAUCAAUAAAGUGAUUUUCUACCGAAAAGAAAAUAAUCGGUUUGUACAAUAUAGACGAUAUGCCACCAAGCGAAAGUCCCAAAGUUCACUAUCAACAAUUGCAUAAUAUUACCACAGAUGAAUUCAAUUGCCCAAACCGACCUUACAGGAGGCGAUAAGCAACAAAAAAGAAUUGACGAAAUCCAUCAAUGGUCAAUUGGGCGCCCCAAAGAGAAGCUGAAUACUGAAAUGGUUUCACAAUUGAAACGUCUUCUCUUGAGGCUUGGAGGAGAUGACUUUCCAAACUUUAUUAGAGUUAUUAUCAAAAGACUAUUAACUGGCGAUUUGGCAAUGGAGUUCUCGUGGAGGGGAACAAAGAACAAACCAAGCAUUCAAAAAUGUUUCUUCAUUACAGUUUUAAAAGCUACGUAUUUUAUAUUUAUAAAAAUCCCUUUGCUGGUGCACAACAAAUUUCAACAUGUUGGCGACCGUUCGUUCGUAUCAACACUUUUCUUCAACAACACAUUAUCUCAGCCAAGAAUAGUGUAGAUAGACGCCAAAAGACAAGGGAAAGUUCCCUUUAAAGACCCUGCCCCUUAUCCUAGGAGCUUGGAGUAGUAGCCUAUAACAUUGAUCAUCAAGUGGUGGUGGUCUAUAAGUGACUAUAUGACUACCUAAUAAAUAGUCAUCCUUUAGUCUUUUUUAAAUCAAAUCAAAUUGACAUAUUAAACGAUUUUCUGUGGUAAAGAACCAACUGACUAGGCAAUGUCCCACCCCCGUAACAACCCCCAUAGUGGUCGUAUUUACACACCAUGACAAUUUGGGUCUUAAAGAGAGUGGAGCUCGAUAC